GUCGAUUUCCGGGCAGGUAGGCUGGUGCUUUCAGCCCCUCCUCAGGUGAGCACCACGCCCCUCCUCUGUGAGUCUAAAAGGCAGCCGACCUGAGCAGGACUGGGCGCCUCACCUGGCUCACCUUACAGCCGCUCAGAAACUCAAUACACCGCACAGAGGCUCCGGGAAAUAAGAAGCUGUUGUCAGAGACCUCAGCGUCUCUUCGGAGGCCUAUAGCCUAGCCUACUGUAUGCUGACAUGGAACCUGCCUACCGGGGUCUGGGUCGCUGUGUGUGCUGUUUCUGGCUCGCGGUAGCCUUUGACAUUGCGGGACUGGGUGUACUUCUGGUCGGGGUGUUUGUGAACGUGUUUUUCUAUGACCUGCUCAUCUACGCGGGCGCCAUCGUCAUCUUCCUCAGCCUCAUCUGGUGGGUUUUCUGGUACUCUGGGAACAUCGAGGUGCCACUGGCGGAGCUGGAGGACGAUGUCGGGUUACUGAAGAAGGAUAAGGGCGGUCUGAGCGGCAUCAGCGGCGCGGUGAGGCGCCUCUCCAGUCGCCUGUCCAGCGGCAUCAGGAACUCGUUCCGCAGGAACGGAGGACCGUCCAGCACCCGCACGGCCCGCGCGCCCAGGUCAGCCGGCGGGCAAACGGCGGCCCCGCAGGCUGAGCAGGUGGCCGUUGCCAUGGGAACGAUGACCCCGCAGGAGGAUACCCCACACACUACUAUUGAAUCCUCUGUGGCGCGUGAGGUAGAGAUGCCACACACAACAACAGAGACGUCACCGAGGCAAUAUAAUGUCACAGUGACUUGAUGAGAGCCUGCCCUACAGUGUCUUCACUUGACUCCAGUCGAUGCUCAGCUUUUCUACUGUUUGUGUGUUUAAUGAGAUAUCAUCAUUUGAUGAUGAUAUCUGUAAGAAGUGUUAGCAGUUGCUGAGUCAUUAUUAAAUCACUUAGUAAAAUGUAAAUUCCACAAUGAAUGUUAUGUUUUUAAUCAGUAUGGCAGCACGGAUGCAGUCUGUUUGAGAUAAGUGGACUGAAUGUUGUCCCCAUUAAUCAUUCAGACCCAAAAAUUGGGAAAAUUGCUGGAAACCAUAUUUGCUUUCUGGUACCACGUGACUCACAAACGAACUGCAAAACAACUGUAUUUGGAGACACCCAUUUCUCUGACAGACUUUGUUCUACUCAUAUUUUAGAUUAUUUUGUUUUUUAUUUUAUUUGUGACUGUUUAAAUUGUGUGUAUGUGAUGACUGCUUUGUGUGACUGUCUUGUUGUGAUGAUAUAUCUCUCUUGUAGAAGAGGUUUUGAGACUUCCUUAUUUAAAAAAAAACAUCACUACAUCAUGACUAAGAAAAGUUUGAGUAAAAUAGGCUACCUUUAUAACAUAACAUUAUGUGAACAGCUAUUACGGUAUUUCAGUGUCCAAGAAUGUUUUACAUGAGUGGGGUUUCAUUCUUUAAGUUGAAUGACAAGAUAUAGAUUUACUGAGAGACAAAUAGAAAAAAGAAAGAUUAUGUUUGAAAUACAUUUUGAUACAUUUUUGCAAUGCACAUACACAUGGUUUGUGUUGUGCCUCUAUCACAGGAUUAUUUCUGUCACAAUUGGCAACUAUUCUACUUCUGUCCACCCAGUGUUUUAUUCUCCAUCCAGUGUACUGUUUGGUUCCUCAAGGGUCCAUCCUCGGUCCUUAACUGUUUUCUAAUUAUAUCUAGCAUUUUUAUUUAGACGAUAUGCAGUGAAUCCUAUUGAUCUGUAUUGAUUCUUCAUGACCCCCGAAUAAACAGUUUCAGUUUUGUAA